AUGGAAGCAUUGGUCGCCUUUGGGCUGGCAUGUAACGUGAUUCAGGUCGUUGAUGCUUCGCGGAAAGUCUACGAAAUCUUCGCGCAACUUCGCAAACUUGGUACAACAGCAAGGGCCGACGAGCUGCGAGACAGCACUCAGUACCUACUGAAAUGUCACAACUCUCUGCAGGACUCAUUGUCAAAUGCCUCCAAAUUCCCGCUCCUAGAGAGUGGGGUGGAUCUUGCCAAGCUGAGCAGAAGUUGUAUCGAGGCAGCAAAAGAUCUCGAGGAUGAGCUGCAAAAGAUCACGGGUUAA